CUUGCAUCAUUCUGGCUUCUGCGUCUUGCAUCCCGCCAUCCGAACAUUUUCGCGGGCAAGAGCCGUAUUCACCAUGGCUUUCCACGCAAGUGGGCUGCCGAGUAUCGCAGCCGCGACCACAGAUUUGUGGCCGUCGAUUGCGAACACACUGCUGAUCCCCUGGAGAGGCACCCAUAACCUCCCAACUUCGAACUCCCGACCUUCUCGUACCCCGGCUGCGCAUCAACCUACGUCGCCGACGAGUGCUGCGGAUACCAAGGGCGAGAUCUCGUCUUCUGCCCAAAUCCACGCCGCGGCACGGCCCAAGACCGAGGUCCCCGACUUCAUGCGGGACACCGUUUUGUCCCCGCGCUUCCUCGACCGUCGCCUCGCCAAUGCCUCCCCUACGAAUAUCUUCUCGGAAAUAUCUGCCAUGCCCUCCCGCUCGCUCAACAUGGCGAAUCCCCUCAUGCGCCGCUCUUACGCGGCCCUGAUGGCUCGCCCUCUGACCACUCUCCCCGGCUUCCGCUCCAUGAGCACCCACCGUCCGAGCUGUAUCCAGCAGCUUACCUGGCCCAAGAUUCAGCGUCCCUCUCAUAACCUUCAGUACCGUGGCUUCGGCACCGGCGGCGUCUCCCGCGAUCUCCUUGCGAACCGCGAGGGUGCUGCCAACCGGAACCCGAACAGCGCCACGGCUCAGAACUCUUUCUACCAGCUCCUUCUCAAGGCUAACAUGCCUGCUAUUGUUAUUGAACGGUACCAGUCUGGACGGUUUGCGACCAACGAGGCGGCCGACGAGGCCUACCAAACAGCGCUGGGUAUGAUCAACGGCACGACCGGCGGGGCUGUCAGCGGUGACCCGGCUUUCAAUGCUUCCGGCCUCAACUCGAGCCGGCUUCAGGCUGUCGGCCAGGCCGUGGCAGCUCAUCGUACCGGCGGCAACAUGGCUUUCUCUGCAGGUUCCAACGGCGGCAAGAACGGCGGUCCUCUGCACGUUAUCGUGGACGAGACCUUCGGGACUGCUGCUCUUCGGUGGAUCAAGUUUCUUCUCUGGUUCGGUCUCUGUGCUUAUCUCAGCUUGGUGCUCGUCACCAUGGUUGUAGAGGGUAUGACCAGUCUCAAGCGCCCGAGCAAGGUUGACAGCAUCGAUCCCAAAGCCGAGAGCCAAAAAGCCCGUUUCGCCGAUGUCCACGGCUGUGACGAGGCCAAGGACGAACUCCAGGAACUGGUCGACUUUCUGCGCAAUCCCGAGAAGUUCAGCAACCUCGGUGGCAAGCUGCCCAAAGGAGUUCUGCUCGUCGGCCCCCCGGGUACAGGCAAGACUCUUCUGGCUCGUGCCGUCGCCGGUGAGGCUGGCGUGCCCUUCUUCUACAUGUCUGGUAGCGAGUUUGACGAGAUCUACGUCGGCGUCGGCGCCAAGCGUGUUCGCGAACUCUUCACUACCGCCAAGGCCAAGUCUCCCUCCAUCAUCUUCAUCGACGAGUUGGACGCUAUCGGUGGCAAACGCAACUCGCGCGACGCAACCUACGUUCGCCAGACUCUGAACCAGCUUCUCACGGAGAUGGACGGUUUCGCCCAGAACAGCGGUGUUAUUAUCCUCGGUGCCACUAACUUCCCCGAAUCUCUGGACAAGGCGCUCACCCGGCCCGGCCGUUUCGACCGCCACGUCGCCGUCUCACUACCCGAUGUGCGCGGCCGUAUCGCCAUUCUGAAGCAUCACUCCAAGAAGAUCAAGAUGGGUCCCGAUGUCAAUAUGGAGGCCAUCGCUUCCCGCACUUCCGGUUUGUCUGGCGCCGAGCUCGAGAACAUUGUCAACCAGGCGGCCGUCCAUGCGAGCAAGGAGAAGGCCAAGGCUGUCAUGCAGGCGCAUUUCGAGUGGGCCAAGGACAAGGUGAUUAUGGGUGCUGAGAAGCGAAGCAUGGUCAUUACGCCCAAGGAGAAAGAAAUGACGGCCUACCACGAAGCCGGCCACGCGCUGGUUGCUUACUACUCAAAGGACACUGCAGGCGAGCUCUACAAGGUCACUGUUCUCCCGCGCGGCCAGAGCCUCGGCCACACCGCUUUCCUCCCCCUGAUGGACAAGUACUCGUUCUCGGUUAGAGACUACCUGGGCAUGAUUGACCGCGCCAUGGGUGGCAAGGUUGCCGAAGAGAUCGUCUACGGCAACGAUUAUGUAACGAGCGGCGUCAGCGCGGAUCUCGAUUCGGCAACCCGCACGGCGUGGCAAAUGGUGGCCCAGCUCGGCAUGUCUGAGCGUCUCGGCCCCGUCGAGUACCUCCGCAAGUAUGAGCAACUGAGCUCAGCGACACGCGCCAUGGUCGAGUCUGAGGUGAAGAAGGUGCUCGACGAGUCGUAUGCCCGUGCCCGCACCCUGCUCAUUUCCAGGCGCAAGGAGCUCGACCUGCUUGCGCAGGCCCUUGUCGAGUACGAGACGCUGGACCGUAACGAGGUCGAGAAGGUGCUGCGCGGCGAGAAGCUCGUGGGACGCAUCUCAAUACCGCCCGGGCCCAUGGCCGUGCCCAAGCCGAAGAAGCCCAUAGACUCUGGCCUACCGAUCCCGCCGUUGUCUGGCGGCGGCGAUGGCGAGGGCGCCGGGCCUGGGAGUCCGCCCCCGCCGGCCCCGCCACCAGCCCCCGCAACUCAAAUGCCGGGGCCAGGAAGCAGCGAGGAGAAGACAAAUGGGAAAGGGGAAUAGCGCGUUUUAGUUUAUGGCAGGGGAAUUGGGCCCGAUUGGAGUCGAGAGUACCUGCCGAGAUUGAGACGAUGGGACUGGUCGGAUGGCAUGGGUGGCGUUUGUGUGUUUUACCAUCGCUCCGGGGAGUGUACUGUAACUGUACACCUCCGCAACGAUGCAGAUUCCUUUUGUUUACCACGUUAGCAACCUACGGCAUCUCUACUAACUAGCCUUGGAGUCAGCGUGCAUUGGGAAGUGAUCAUUCCGGGCGGCGAACGAGCAAGUGUAUAUUAUAUGCGAGAAAUGCCUUGUGCUUGAUAGAUACUACCAACCUAACAUGCAGACCACGCCAACACAAAAGAUACCAUCUUCAA